AUGGGUGAAUUGACAUAUAGUGAGAAGGUACGCGCGUGGUUCCGCAAUUCAAAGUCAUAUCUGCUAAUAAUAAGCUUGCAGUUUGGCUCGGCUGGCAUGUACCUUAUCACCAUGGAUGCCCUCAAUAAGGGCAUGAGUCAUUAUGUGUUUGUUGUUUACCGUAAUGUCAUCGCCACCGUAACUCUUGCUCCCUUUGCAUUUUUUCUUGAAAGGAAAGUUAGGCCCAGGAUGACAGCUCGGAUAUUUUCAGAGAUUAUGGCAGUGGCUUUUGUCGAGAUAAUACUUGAUCAAUGCUUCACCUUUUUGGGGAUGAAGUUAACGUCAGCAUCUUUUGCAUCUGCCGUGAUGAACUCCGUACCCUCCAUUACCUUUGUACUGGCAAUCAUUUUUCGAUUGGAGCGCAUAAACAUGAAGGAGCUAGGAUGUCAAGCCAAAGUGAUUGGCACUGUGGUAACUCUUGGAGGCGCUUUUCUAAUGGCACUUUACAAAGGUCCCGUAGUUAACGUUGCAGGGUCAUCAUCAGCCAGUAAUGUUGGCCAGCCUGAGAAUGUGAACGACCCUAGUGGGGAUCACUGGAUCAUUGGUGCAUGUUUCCUCCUAAUAGGCUGUGCAGGCUUCUCUGCUUUCUACAUAUUGCAAGCCAUAACAUUGAGAAAAUACCCAGCAGAGAUGUCCCUAGCCACCUGGAUUUGCUUUGUAGGUGCCCUCCAAAGCACUGCAGUAACUAUUUUCAUGGAGCGCAAUAACCCUCAUGCCUGGUCUCUAGGCUUGGAUUCUAGGCUUUUUGCUUCUGCAUACUCGGGAAUAGUAACAUCAGCAAUCCAAUUUUACGUGCAAGGCACGGUUAUAAAAACUACGGGCCCAGUGUUUGUGACUGCUUUUAAUCCCCUGCGUAUGAUCAUAGUCACAGCCUUUGCUUGCUUCAUCCUCUCAGAGAAACUCCACCUUGGAAGCAUUAUUGGAGGAGUAGUCGUGGUUAUGGGACUAUAUCUAGUUGUGUGGGGCAAAUCUAAAGAACACAAAAGUAUGAUGCCACCAUCCCCUGAAAAGGAGAUCACCCUGCAAGGCCAACAGCAGCUACCAGUUACUGUCCCCACAAUUAAUAACAACAAUAAUGAAGCUCAGUUAGUCAUAAUCGGAGAUAAAAUCAGCGAUGUGGAAGCCACAAGAUCGAGUACAGAGAAGCAAUGA